UUAAAAUUUUACUUAAAAUGCAAAUUGUAUAACAUGGAAUUUGUCUGAAAACAAAUAUUGAUUUCAUUUUUAUGAGAGGGGACAAGAUAGGUGCUAGAUGAACAAUAGGAGUCAUACUUGUACCCACUGUCUGUGUAUCAAUAUCUGUGGGAUUUAAACAUGCUAGUGUAUCAUUCGUAGGCUAUGUUCAGCAUUGUUUUUUUAUCAUUUUUAUUAGGAGAUUAUCUUCAUUUAGAUUAAAAAGAACCUUAGACAUAGCCUAAAUAAUGUACAAAAAUGAGCAGAGUUGGUGCAGAAGUUGAACCGUCUCUGUAGAACACGAGCCUCGGACCAGUCAGGAUGGCAUUCCUGGGAUACAGUGAUGAUUUCGAUCUCGACGAUGACGGGAUCCUUCGAGAUUCAACAGAGUCAUCUACUCACUGGAUGGACAGUAUUAUAGACAACAAGACUGGUGGUAUCCUGAUAGAUGACGAUGGAAUCGUGAGGGACGACUUUGACCUUCUAAGUAAACACGGCAGCUCCACCCACUGGACCGACUCUGGCCUUGGGGGAGAUAAACCAACCAGCACCCCAUCUACCCUACGCCAGCUUGACCUUCAGUCCUACCCAAGCUUUGAGGACGUGUCACGUAAUUUUGAUGAGAGCAAUGUGAACAUCAGUGACUUUGAAGCAUCUAAAGAUGAUCUGAGUUUUGACCGAGAUUUUGAUGAUACAAAAGAUAAUGAGAAAAGUUAUUCUAAAGGCGGAAACAGGAGUGGAUUAAGCAGUAGAAGUAGUUUUGACCAUUCGCUGAAUUAUGAUGAUACUUUCGAUGAAAGGGAUAAGAAAAGUGAGCCAAAACAGGAUUUAUUCGGUGAGGAGUAUUACAAACAGUUACAAGAGCUAGGUGUUUUAGUGGAUGAGGAAGAUCUUCCUCAACCUAGAGAUUCAUUACAGGAGUUUGAAAAUCUAGAGAGCAAUUAUUCAAGGGACUAUGAUGAUGAUGAUGAUGAAAGUAGAGUUGCGGAUGAAAUUGAGCAGUUCCUUCGUAAUGAUGCACCGACUCCAACAAGAGAGUCUAUGGACAUUGAAGGGCCAAAUCAUAGCGUGAAUCAACCAAAUAAGCCACUGUAUGACAGUCAGGGUUUUGAUGCAUUUGAUAGAGACAAUUAUGAAAUAAAUGAGGGUAAAAGAACACGGCCAAACACUGCUAGUUCAACUAGGACAAUCAGUAGCAGGUCUUUUCCUGAAAUAUCUCCGGAGGAAGCUCUAGAGCUGUACACAGAGAGGCUGCAAUCUCUGGAAAAUGAUCAAGACAGUCUAAGUAUUCCUUUUGACCAAUCACAAAGCCAGAGAAGUGAGCAGAAUGUGAAUGAAGAUGAUGAUGAGAUUUACUUUGUUGCCAGUCAAGAACAUGAUGAGGAUGACAGUCCUAAUCCAGCUAAAAUGCCUGCAUAUGACAAUGAAAAUAAACCGUCAGUGACACCAAAGUUCAAAUCAAGGUCAAGGUCAGAACAUUCUAGUGAUGGAAGUAGGUCAGGCACACCCCAAGGUCAAGGUUACAGUGAUUCAGAAAGGAGCAGAUCUGUGACUCCACAAGGUUAUCCUGACAAUAUGGAGAAUAACGGUUACCAAAGCAAUGAUGAUAGGUUUGACUCGCUCACUCAGGUGACAAGGCUAGACUCUAGGAACAAAACUCAGACUGAGUCGGACACAUUUAGACCAGACUCUGCUCUCAGUGAGCUCUCCGCUGCUGCCUCUGAAUCAAGGUCAGUACGACCUAAAGCAAAAAUCAAAGAAAAUGGGAAACCUCCGACUCAGCAAAAUUCUGGAUUGUCUCAUGCUAGAUCACAGGAGAGCUUUUUUGAGCACACGUCAUUAUCCAUUCCUAAGAAGUCAGAGAAAGGACCAAAGAGACUUCUGCCAAAACCUUCUCCAGAGGAGAAUCAAGCAUUAAAACUCAGGUGUAAAAGUGUCUCCAAUCUGAAUGCUCAAGGGCCAGUCAAACCAACUCAUAUGACACUCUCUGAGAUCAGGAGUAUUAACAGUGGUGACCCUCACCUUCAUAUUGAUCUACCAGAAAUAGAGCAUGACCAAGACCCCGAUCCGGAACCAAAGAGUGGUGCUUCGGACGCCCCUAAAGGUGACCUAACUAAAAAACUCAAGCAGGAAUCCAGCAAGCGUGCACAGGCCACACAGUUGGUGAAACAGUUACAAUCAGACUAUGAUAAAUUGUUGUCAAAAUAUGCGCUAGCAGAGCUGACCAUUGACCAGAUGAGGCUUGGUGCAAAAAUCUCUUUGCAUUCUGCGUCACCAACGCCGAGCCAAGCAACAUCUGGUUCCCUACAGUCGGCACAGCAUCUCCACCUGAUGCAGCUAGGUGGUACCCAGCGUGGGUCCAUUGCAUCUGCUUCUCCUCAUAUGGCAACACCUAAUGCCUUCUUUCCAGAGGCACCCCAGGUGCCCAGUGAGAGUGGAGGAGUGGGGACCCAUGCACGGGGGACGUCGCCCGCCCUGCUGCCCAGAUCCGACUCCACCAACAGUAUUGACUCAACCAGUACACCCCGGGGAGAUGUAGAGGAGCCGGGGGGCAUAGCCAAUGAUGCGGAGCAGGUUAAACUGGGCCUCAUGUUCCAGGCUCGCAAUCUCGAUGAUCGGAUGCAGUCAUUCCAGGCCUUACUUGCUGAGAACCACUUGACAGUGGAGGAGCAAGAAGACGUGUUUGACAAGAUCCGUGGAGACCAUGAGAAACUCCGCAGUGACUACCUUCAGUCAAAGGAGGACUACAACGUUCUACGCCGGUCAGCACCGGGAGGACUCGACGCUGCUUUUGAUCAGGAGAAAGAACUUGAGGGUCAGCUGUUUCAGAUUGGGAUGAAGUUUGAUGAAAUUCAUGAAAAAGUUGAGGAUAAUAUGAAGGAGAAGGCCACUAAACGCCAGCCAUUCCAGCAGAGCAGGCGAGGGAGCGCGGAUAACCUGAACACUUCCAUGGACGUUGAUCCUUCAACAGAGAAUGUGAAGAAGAAGAUUAGAGGUGUAAGUGCCGGAAAUGACAUGUUGGAACCGAGAAGGGACCCAGCGUUUGAUGAUAAACUGAAGCGACUACAUGAGGAUUAUAACGCGUUGAUGGAUCGUUACCGUAGGUUAAAACAGAUGGCGAAAACACCUGAGAGAGAGCAAGAGAUCGACCAUCUGGUCAGGAAACUGCAUAAGAUCUGCCAGGAGGAGCCCGAGAUAUUCAAGCUUCCAGCAGACCUUCAGUCAGGGCAUGACCAGCCUCACUCAUCACAAGAAAUGAAAUCAGAAAAACCACACCAUGUUAAGAACCUUCCCCCCACACCGGCAAGCGAUAAACACCACACAGAACAAAAACUUGCCCUUGAAAAACGCAAACUGCCUGACCCUAAGUCUGAAAAACCGGCUGACAAACCAUCGGAAAACUCUGCAUCAAAACCUCCUGCAAAAGCGCCCGGAAAAUCGUACGAAAUUUUCACUGGUUCAGAAACCUGGAGCUUAGCUGAAAGCAUUGAUAGAUGGCAGCAUGAGUCAGCACAGGCAGACAGCCAUGGGAAAUCACGGUCAACAGAGAACAUUUCCCGCUCCCAGGACAACCUGAACAGCUCCAUGGCAUCAAACCGGUCAUUCCGCAGUGAAAGAGACUAUGAUGACCGUUCCAGUGGUCAGGGAACGGAUAUUCAUCGGCGCCCUGAGCGCAGUGGGAGUUACAGCAGCUUGUCCAGUAGAGGUCGCCACACACCUGACCUUUCAUAUCGUGGAGACACAGGGUCACCAAACCCCUCCCUGCCCCGACCUCGAAGACACGACUACCCUGACAGGGAGAGACGGGAACGCAGAGACCUGAAAAAGGUGUUAGACCUGCUCCGUGAGAGCACCAGUAGUUUAGGUACUGACAGUGGGAUUGCCUCUCUUAAUACACAUAGGAGCAAUACUGACAGCGGGAUUGCCUCUCUUAAUACACAUAGGAGCUAUUCUGACAGCGGCAUUGCCUCUCUUAAUACACAUAGGAGCCAGAGGCCUGAAGGUGGCAGCACUACCAGUCUCCAGGAUAGUGGAAUCUCUGAACACGAGGGUGGGGCCACUGGGGGGCCUAGUGCUCUAUCUAAACUGCCUGGUCCAGGUAAAUUCAAGCAGAUGACAGGUCGCCGGGAACCGGACACGGACAGCGGUUUCAUUGGCUCCAUGGUUGGGUCAGAGGUGAGCGCAGGGAACCUGUCAUCACGGAGACAACCACAAUCCCCCCUCCGUCUAAGACACCCCGCUGAUCCCCGUGACCAGAGCACAAGGAAAUGGGGGCUUUAUUCAUUCAGUCCCGACUUCAAAUGGCAGCGGCCCAGUUCGCGACAGAGUUCACGUUCUGAAGACAGUGCUCAUGGAACAACCCCAAGGUCAGGAAGGUCAGUGGCAUCGUCAAGGUCAGCAAGACGCACGCCAACCAAGGCCUUCCCGCUAGAGAGCAAACAAACAGAAACGGAAACACAAGCACGUGCCAAGACACCGACCCGAGAUGACAGACAGACACCCACGCGACCAGACAGCAGCCGGAGCAAACAAGCACAGGGACAAAAGACACCCCAGAGAAGCAGAGACUAUACAGACGACAGUUAUACGUCCGUGACAGAGAGUGAGAUGAGUUAUGACACUGACAGACGGCGAAACAGUCGACCAAGCAGUCGGAACACAUCACAGAGACAUAUAGACCGCAUAAUGGAGGACAGUGAAGAAGAGAGCUUCUCUGUUGAUCCAACAUUGAACGAAACUACAGACUUAAACAUGUCCUCGUUGACGUCAGACUUCGAGAAGCCAAAUGUAAAGCAGAACAGGAAACCUGAGGUCAAACAGGUUAAUCAGACCCCAAAGAAAACCCAGGAAACAUCCACAAGCAAAUCUGGGUCAAAGGUCAACAGGCAACCCAGCAAAACUCAAGGUCAGGGACAAGGUCAAGGUCAGGUUGGAGUGAGGGGUCAGCAGGGUCGCAGGAAGGGAGAUGUGACGGACACAGACACUAGUCUUUCACUGUCACUGGCUCGUGACACAACCAGGGAUCUGACACAUGACACAACGGAAGACACAUACACCUCUGAUGAAACCACACCAAGGUCAGUGAUAGAGCGAGAAAGGAAGCAAGCCCGAAUUGCCCGUCAGCAGGCCCCACCCCAGGAGGAUGGAGUAACAAAGGCCCCCGCCACUGUCACUCAAGCAGCCCCGCCCAAACGUGCUACAACACCGGUCAAGGCAAAAAAAUCUGAGGUUCAUCCUAAGAGGCUCCAUGACAGUAGCAUGGAGCUGAGCCCGGAGACUGGACUGGUCCGGGGCCCAGAAAUGAGACUGCCCCUGGGGCUGCCGACAAGGGCAGUCCGUGGCCCAGAUUUGACCAAGCCGAAAUAUGUGGACCGGAGUAUUGGCUCAGGGAGUGAGGAGACCAUUCUGGCAUCUGAUGCGGAGACUGCCGCCACUGGCGCUACCAGAGAUUCUGUGAAUAGUGCCCGUCUGAAGACCUUGUCAUCCGAGAUUGAUAAGCUACGACAAGAGUUCGUAAGAGCCAAUCAGGAGCGACCUCAGCCCCAACCCCUGCCCCCGAGUCAACCCCCACCCCCACAGGAGAGGGACCCCUACUAUGACCAGUACUUUGACCCCACAGAAGAUCCCAUGGCCUUCAUGAGGGGGCCACGACGAAGGGCAAACUCAUUUUCCGGACAUGGUGGUCGAGAUUGGGGCUAUGACUGGACGCUACCUAAUGUUCAUCGUGACGGAGAUAUUCCUCUCGGGUAUGCGGCUGCUGAUGCCUAUGCCCCUCCCGGGCACCAGAAACAUCGCCGUGACGAUGGGCAGCAAGGUGACCAGCGGCCCAGAGGACGAAACAGACUGAAGAAGAGGAUAAGUCAGAGAAAUUCCGGUACCCAGCAUGCACCUGAUCAGAACGGUUAUGAAUCUGACCAGUCUCCGAACCGGGCACCGGUAGAGUCUCAAGGUGUGCGAGGACAUUAUGGCUUCUAUGAAGCUGCUCCCCAACAAGCAUCUCCUAUGGCAACUGCUACCCUCACACAACCGGGUAACCUACAGGAAGGAAGACGAGUGUUUGGUUCCCAGCCUAAUUUGUCUUACCAAGGUUACCAGCCACCCCCGCCUGCUCGAUCAACCGCAUCUGGAUCAUCUACCGGCCAAACAGGUUCCAACCGACCUCUCAGGCAGACUCUUUAUUCCUACGCUGCCAACCCCACACAAAACCGCCCCCAGCAGGGCUAUCAGGACACAGACUACCACUCACACAGCAACAAAGUGCCUUACAGCCAGCGACAGUAUGCAAGUGAUGAUAUUCAUGUAAAUGAUGGACAGACUCGGUUCAUACCCAAUGGUGCUAGGGAGGGGGUGGGGCGGCAGGAGGGUGGUGGGGUGUACACCUCUGUGUGCCCCAUGUGUGGAAGCUCUGCCUACCAUACCCAUGGUGACUAUGUUUAUCCACCGGAAGACCACAGGCAGCCUCUUGGAUAUCUUGUACAUGAUGGCAGACAACUUCUGGACCCUGUCCAAGUUCCUGUUUAUACACUGCCCCUUAACAUAAAUCUUCCCGCUAGACCUAGGCCACUGGCCACCCAGUCAUUUAGAAGCCCUGUCAUCAGCUCUCUGCCUUUUAGAGUUUACAAGGCCCCUCCUCCGAUAAAACAAAACCUCUUGCCCUUCAAUCUCCUACAUAAAGUAAAAGUUCAGUUUGAGACAACCCCUCAAAAACCUCAGCCAAUGGCUGCUAGCCAUGAAGCCGUUCAUCAACCAAUCAUAGAGUGGGAUACCCAAGAUGAGGCUGGGACUGGUUCCCGUUCGCGAGCAAGGUCAAGGUCACUGGGUCGUGCAGGGAGGAUCCGUCACUACUCUCCAGAUGGGAGGGUUAAAAGUCGCUACUUUGUGCGCGAGUUUGGCGAUGUAUCAAGCGAGAGUGCCGAGUCUGAGGAGGAGGAAGAGCUGACCAGAAGAAGAAGUCGGAGCGUUGGAAGGCGUCAGAGGUUACGACAUGGCAGGAAGUACCGGCGUGUACGGGGGGAAGAUGAAUAUGAGAGUGACAGGGGCCUUGGGGGUGGCGGACUCUCACUGUCAUUUAGUGAUUUAUCUGAUGCUAGUCUUUCAUUUAGUGAUUUAUCUGACUUAAGUCUUUCUGUGGCGGGCGAGGAUGACCUUGAGCGGUCACUGCGGUUGGUGGAAGAGAUUGACCACCUCACUCACAAGAUGAUGGGUACAGUAAGCGGUGAACUCUCAAAGUCAAGGAGGAUGAAGGACUUUGGAUCAUCUGUCUGGUAGCAGGGAUGGAGUAUAGGAACUUAGAGAGUGUCAUAAAGAUAUUGUCAAAUAAAAACCUUUUGGAUUAUCUGUGUGGUAGCAAUAGGACUUUUACCUAGAAGGUCAAAGAGGGUUUUGAUGUUUGAUAAUUAUGGUGUAGAAAUGGCGGACAAACAUGGAACCUUAUUGAACAGAGUACCUGUAGAUAUUUAUGUACAAUAUGAGAUUGGGCGAUUGGGAAGUGUUAUGUGGAUUUAAAUACUAUGUAUGAUACAGUAAAAGGCUGGGGGAUGGAGCAGUGUUAUGUGGAUAUUCAAACAUUCAAAUUAGCUCGUGUUUAUUGUCUGUAUGAAAAUAAGAAGAAAGAGUUGGAUACAGGACUUCAAAGAUACAGAGAUACUUGCAGAUGGUGAACAAUCUUACAUGGAAAAUGGUUUGACAGCUGUAUGUAUGGAUAAUUAUGAGACUUUACAAAUUCAAACGAUGGAGGAAGGAUAUUGGGUUCCGACAAUACGGAAUUAUAAACUUAGAAUGGUAGACGCAUUUCAAGACAAGACGUUUGAAAGAUGUAGCCCGUAGAUAUAUACGGCUAGGAUUUAUUUAUUAUGGCCUUAUAAGAAUAAAUAGGCUAGGACUGGACAAUAUUAACCCUAUAGUUGAGUGUGAAUCUUCAGUGAUGCUGUCAGCAAACAGCUUCUUUGCCUCGUGUCACAUGACAUGAAAUAGCUGGUUCUGGGAAGUCAUGUUCUCAGUAAUUUAUAACAGGAUUUUGUUGAAUAGCAGUAUUUGCAAAGUGAAUGUGGUUGUAUCAAAGAAGAGAAAUAGCAAUUAAGUGGUAUAUACUUUUGUUGUUUGCAAAGAAAUGUGCUAGGUUUUUAUAUUUGUUUUUGAAAUUUAAGAGUAAAAAGCUAUAUAUUUUUUAAAUAUAAUGAAUUGAAACAGUUGAAAAAUAUACUUAUUAUAUACCUGAAAGAAUUAACAAAAAUUGACACAUAUGGUAAUGCAUUACUGUGGUGGCUUAUGAGGAGUUUUGACUAAUUGUUAGAAAUGAAGUGGUUUGAAUUUAUUUACAGAUGCAUUAAUUACCAUACUGUAAAAUAUUGUGUAUUAUAAUUAGGUACUGCUUUGCAAGGGCUACAUAAUUAUUUAAUUUUAUUGCUGUAGGAUGAUACUGUGUAAUUAUCUGUAGGCUGAUCUUAAUUUGUACAGGAAUCAUGCAUUUAUUUAUUUAUUACAGUAUUUUAAUAUUCCACAUUUAAUUCUGUAUUGUGCUGCAAACAUUUUUAUACUCUUUGAGACAUUUAUAUCAGAUACAUAUCCUUCUGGCAUUUUGCUUGUAUUAGUAUUAAUUUAUUGCAGGAUAAAUGACCGAGCUAUCCAUGAUUUCAUAAUAUGAAUACAUAUCAAUCUUCUAUCACUUUUUGCCGCAAUAUUUACAUCCAGUUAUAAGGACUGUUUCCAUUUCAUUACUAACAACAGCACAAAUCACCUAUCAAUGUUAGCUUGACGGAGGUAAAGCGGCAGGCAUAAGGGGGACUUUAGACAGGGGUUUUAUUCCCGACAGGCAAGAUUUUGACAGGCCCAUCAUUACUGCCAGCUGGGAAAUGGACUAUGCCAGAUUUUUUAAGGACUGUUGAUGCCAUAGUAAUUUUGACAAGUUUCCUUGCUCCAGGGAUUUUAAAAAUCAGAACAUUUUGAGAUGGUCAGAUUCCCUGGUUCCCUCCCCCCUUCAGGCGAAACAUUUAGGUGCAAAAGUGCUGUUAUAUUGCUAAAGCAUAGACCACCAGUGUCACUUUUUUACCCAUUUUAGGCAUACUGGCUUUGCAUUUAUUCUUUGAAGCCUGUCAGUAUUGUGUGCAUGUAUAAGCCGUCCAUGUUUAACUGGGUAUUUUAAUCCUCUAGAUCUAUUAAUUUGCCAAAUGUUUUACUUUAGACAUCUUAAAUACAUUGCAAAAAAAUGAUGUGAUUUAUGUGAAUCACACAUCUGACAUAUUUACUAAGAAAUGGAUUUAUAAAAUAUGCGCCAAAAUAAUAUUUUAUUUUCAAUUAUAAAUGUAUGUACUUUAUAAGUGAAAAAUACCCUGGUAGAUCAGAGGAAACGUUACUUAGAUAUUAUAUCUAGAGAUGUUUAUAUUUAUCUAAUUUUAAUGAAAUUUUUAAAUGACCUUUUACAUGGCUUGUAGAUAUAUAUUGUGAUACCGUCCUAACUUCAGCCGGAAGGCUCAGUAUUUAACAAGUGUGAUAUUUUACCAUUUCAUGUACUUUUAUAUGAAAUAAAAUAUUUAUAAUAUUA